GGCCGGAUUUCUUUCUCCUCAAACCUAUGCUCAAUGCUCAAGUGAGUCAGUCAAUUGCGCCACUAUAUAAAGCUGUACAUUACCUAGCUUUCUCUCUAGUCUAGAUUGAACACGAGCCCUAGUUGUUCUGUGUACUCUCGUAUCUUACUCUCCAGCUUCUAGCUUAUAUCUAUUUCUUGGUCAACGAGUAAUUCUAUCACAUUUCUUUUGUCGCAAUGCCUUCUGAAGAUGCAACAUACAAAUCACCAAGACUCCACGACAUAGAUACAUCAUCUGCUGACGGUGUCUCUGGUCCGUUUUGGGAUGCAUCUGAUCGUUGCUUCUGGCUGAUGAACAAUCGCCAAAUUUACACCCAUCCUGAAAACUAUAGCGGAAGUUCUGCUUGUGCAACUAUCGCCUCCGCUAAUCCGGAUUCUGCUUACCCAUCUGGCUGGUCUAGGGGUCAACGUACACGUUCGUUAUCAGGUUCCGAUACUUCACUAAAUUCAGCAUCCCAUGAAUCCAAACGCAUUCGUCCAGAUUCCUUGGGCGGUGUACCUGUAAAGAGUACAGGUUCCAAACAGCAUUCGCGACGGGGCACCCCAGAACAACAGCGCAGAUUUCCACAGUAUGACUUGUCCAAUCUUCCACCCCCACCUCCUUUUCCUCCUCAACGAUCUCACUCAGUCCGCUUUUCUCCGGACAUAUCUUAUUCUGAUGACCCUGUGAGAAACCGUAAUCCAGGAGCAUCCCAACCCAGCUUCCCUCAACGCUCCCAAUCUGUCCGAAUCUUCGGCGAGCGCGAGCAAAUCUUCACUCGCUCCAGCAGUCAAUCCCCUUCUAACCCCUCAUCAUCCUCUUCAUAUUCCCACCACAAACCCCUCCCUACUCGUACCCACUCAACCUCAACCUCAAACCCAGUAGCACCAACAACCUCAGCACUAAAACACACUACAACACACACCACAACCUACAGCACCCUCCCCCCAAGCACCCGCUACACACCCCCACGGUACCUCCAAGACCGCGAACACGAAGACGAAGAUUUCUCCUCCGCCUCCUCCGCCUCCUCCGCCUACUCCUACAACAAAUCCCCGACCUCCCCCUCCCACCGCCCCCGAGACCGCCACGAAUCCCAACGCCUCCGCACACACCACCGCCAAAUCGAAUACGAUUACGACACCGAAAGUGAGAUAACCUCACAAAAAGAAAAGAAACUGAGAAGAUCGGGAUCGGGAUCGGGACAGAAAAGUACGCGUACGGCGGAAGAACAGAAAAAACAUGAGAAAACUUUAAAGAGUAUUGGAGAGACGGGGAGAGGAGAUAUGGGACGAGCGGCUUUUAUGACUGCUUUGCCUUUUGUGUGUCUUUUUGCGAAAUUGGCGGCUUGAUGUUUUGUUGUGUUUUGUUUUUGGUAAUAUGUAUGUAUUGCUUACGCUUCUUUUAUAUAAGAUCUUAACUUAUUUUUUGCUGGGGGUUUGGAUUUGGUUCUGUCAGGUUAGGGUUUCUGGGGAAUGGGUUGGCUGGGAAUGUUUGUUUGUUUGUUAGGGGUUUGCGACUGAUGGGAAGGGUUUGAGUUUGGAUGUUUUUAUAUAACACCUGGCUAUCGUG